AUGGGAAAUCCAUUAAGAAGAAUCUUCAAGACUGAAGAAAAAACAGAAGGUUCAACCUUCAUGGCUGUUUUCGUUGGUUUAUUUGCUGCUUGUGGUGGUUUACUUUUUGGUUACGAUACAGGUCUUAUCAAUGGUGUUCUUGCUAUGCCAUAUGUUUUGAAACACUUUCCUCAAGAUCAUCCAGGUAUCAACGGUGGUGAAGGUUAUUUCACAUCUAGUGAACACUCUUUAAUUGUCUCAAUUUUAUCUGUUGGUACAUUCGUUGGUGCUAUGCUUGCUCCAUUCUUGAACGAUACCAUCGGUCGUCGUCUUACUUUGAUAUUUUCUUGUGCCGUUGUCUUCAACAUUGGUGUUAUAUUACAAGUUGCCUCUCAUAGUGUUCCAUUAUUGAUUGCCGGUCGUGUCAUUGCUGGUCUUGGUGUUGGUCUUUUAUCUUCUACUGUUCCAUUAUACCAAUCUGAAGCAAGUCCUAAAUGGAUUCGUGGUGCUGUUGUUUCUUGUUACCAAUUUGCAAUUACUAUUGGUUUACUUUUAGCCUCAUGUGUUAAUCAAGGUACCAAAGACUUGAACAGUUCAGCUUCAUACAGAGUUCCAUUUGCUAUCCAAUUUGUGUUUUCAAUUUUCUUAUCACUUGGUAUGUUCUUUUUACCAGAAACACCAAGAUUUUACAUUUCUAAAAGCAAAAAUGAUGAUGCUAUGAAUUCAUUGUCAAGAUUAAGAAAAUUACCAGUUAACCAUCCAGCUUUGGUUGAUGAAUUAGGUGAAAUUGUUGCUAAUUAUGAAGUGGAAUUAUCUCAAGGUUCUUCAAGCUGGGCUGAUUGUUUCAGUUUCUCAAACUCUCAAUUCAAAAGAUUAAUGACCGGUAUUUUCAUUCAAGCUUUCCAACAAUUAACAGGUAUCAACUUUAUCUUUUAUUUCGGUACAACCUUUUUCAAAAAUUCAGGUAUUAAAAAUGGUUUUACUAUCACUUUGAUCACAAAUAUCGUCAAUGUUAUCUGUACUAUUCCUGGUAUUUUAUUAGUUGAUGUUAUUGGUCGUCGUAAGCUUUUAAUCAGUGGUGCUAUUGGUAUGAGUACAAGUGAACUUUUGAUUGCAAUAAUUGGUGCUACCACAAACUCAGAUGCUGCUAACAAAUGUAUGAUUGCAUUCACAUGUACUUUCAUUGCAUUCUUUGCUUCAACAUGGGGUACCGGUGCUUGGGUUGUUACAGGUGAAAUCUUCCCAUUGAGAACUAGAGCUAAAUCUAUUGCUAUGUCAACUGCUUCAAAUUGGCUAUGGAAUUUCGCCAUUGCAUUUGCUACUCCAUAUUUGGUUGAUGAUGCACCAGGUUCUGCUAGAUUAAAGUCUAAUGUUUUCUUCAUUUGGGGUGGUUGUAACUUCUUAUGUAUCUUGUUUGCUUGGGCCCUUGUUUAUGAAACCAAAGGUUUAUCAUUGGAAGAUGUUGAUGAUUUAUAUGAAAAAAUUCCAAGAGCUUGGAAAUCCAAACAUUAUGUUCCUGUUGAACACAAAUUUUCAAGAGCAAUUGCUGGUGACCAAGUUUAUGAUGAAACCAAAGCUGAUUUCCAAAACAUUGAAGACACAAAAUCUGGUGCUCUCCUUGAACACAGAUCUGCCUCAAUUUCAGACAGUGUUUAA